AUGUCGGGCCCUCAGGUCUACCUCACCACGCCCACCUUUGGCUUCCUGCCCGACUCGCGACCAGGCCCACUGCCUCCGCCCGUCAAGGAACGAUCCUUUCGCUCCCCAUUCGGCAUCGAGCCUACCCUCUUCCACGCCGCGCUCCGCCCAGAGAUCCCCGUAACAUUCGCGACGAUCUACAUUGUCAGCGUCUUCGCCCUCAAUGCCUUCAACAGAAAGCGGAAUCACAAGCCCUGGUGGAUUGCGCGUCAGCCGUGGUUUCAGUGGUUCGUUGUCGUCCACAAUGCCCUCCUCACGCUCUACUCGACCGCGACCUUCUUGGCCAUGUGCCGCGCCAUUGCGCAUACUUGGCCAGGAUUGAACACUGAGACGGGCUUGGCUGGUGCUGCAGAUGCGCUGUGCAAGCUGCAUGGUCCGCGAGGAUUGGGAGAUGCGGCGACGUUCAAUACGACGAUCAACAUCUGGGAGGUCAAGAACACGGUGAUCAAGUUGGGCUAUGACAGCAAUCCAGACCCCUCAGAUUUUGGUCGGCUUUGGAACGAAGGUCUGGCUUUCUGGGGAUGGGUGUUCUACGUCUCGAAGUUCUACGAGGUGUUGGAUACGUUGAUCAUUCUGGCCAAGGGCAAGAGGAGUGCUACGUUGCAGACAUAUCACCAUGCGGGUGCGAUGCUGUGCAUGUGGGCGGGCAUCAGAUACAUGAGCCCGCCGAUUUGGAUGUUCGUCUUUAUCAAUUCGUUCAUUCACGCACUGAUGUACACGUACUUUACCCUCUCUGCAGUUGGCGUCAAGGUGCCAGGUCGCCUCAAGCGUCUACUCACAUCUCUGCAGAUCUUACAGUUCGUCUGGGGUGCUUCUUACGCUGCAGCACACCUUUUCAUCCAGUACGACAUCCCGGUUUCCACGCCUUAUCAGAUUGCUUCCUACGUCAAGCAAGCAGCUUCGAGCGCCUCGUCUGCUGCAUCGGCAGCCAGCUCGACAGCUUCCAAAGUCAUCGAAUCUCCAGCGGCGGCUACUGGCACUUUGAUCCCGUUGAUCAAGAAGCUCCUCUUGCGUGCAGUCGGCGAGGAGGGUAUCGCAGAGCGUGUUACUGACAACUACGGCGACCCCAUCACAUCGCACAUCGAAGAGAAGAUCGAGAAGUUCAACGAGAAGACGCAGCAGAUAUUCGAGACGAGAUAUCGAACCGACUGGACCAAAGUCAACUGCAUUGACACCUCUGGUGAAGCGUUUGCCAUCUAUCUGAACUUGCUGUAUCUGGCACCGCUGACAUUCCUGUUUGGACGCUUCUUCAUCAAGGCAUACACCGGCCGCGGACGACCACGCCGUGCAUCUCACGCUGCAAAACAGGUUCUCGAUUCUGGGCAUGUCGCGCACGAGAGGACCGAAGAAACUGUUGAGAAGAUUGGCAAGAAGGCAGAGGACGAGAUCAUCGCAGCCGAGGCGAAGCUCCAGAAGGUGGAUGCUAAGGACAUCCACGAGCAAUUGCGUCGCGAUGUGAAGUCGAUCAAGGACGGAACUUUUGGAAGGGACCGCAGGGUUAGUGACCAUGUGCAAACUUUCGAACGUCGUGUCAAAACGGCUGCUGAGCGAGCCAAGGAGCAGACUAGCAAGUUUGUCAACGGUUCUGGUUCUGGCUCUGGUUCCGGCACUGACAGCCCAAAGCGAACAAGCAAGAGUCCGAGCAAGCGGUUGAUGGACCAGCCUUCGAGGGAGAACCUGCAGUCUGCGAGCAAGGAUGAGAGUGUGACUGCGGAUGAGCCGGAGAAGGAGGAGGGAAAGAAUGAUUCUGCGGCGCAGGAGGCGACGUCCAACCCUUCGCAGGCGAGCGAGUCGGGAGGGAAGCAGGAAGAGAAUCUGGCAGAUUCCCUGGCGACGAGGACCUCGACUGCUGCGGCAACCGAGGAAGAUGACGACAAGGAGAACCAACCUCCUGCUGCGUCGGACUCACAGGGUGGAGAUGAUGAGAAGACCUACGCUGAAGCUGUCCGAGGGGACAACGACGAUGACGGCGACAGAGACUUUCCUUCGCAGGAUGCGCCGGGCAAAGCAGAACCACAGAACGAGCCCGAAGAAUCCCAGGAGGCAAACCUCGCCACGUCACAAGCUAUUCGACCGAAUCCGACCAACGCAGUAGAAGGCGCAGACGACACGGACGCCAUGGGCAAGUCCGGCGUCGCUGUCGAUAGAGACGAUGGCGAGGAGGACCAGGACGGACAGGAGACCGACGACCAGGGCAAGCCGAUAUUCCGCCCCCCAGGCGCCGCAGCAUCGACUUGA